UUAUCAAAUUCACCCUCAUGAAUUUCAAAUUCUAGUAAAGCCCGGUAUCUCUCUCUCAAAGUCAAAUCAAUAAAAAUUCCAUUUUCUUUUGGCCUUAAAACGUUUAAAUGGAAAAUCUAGGCUAUUGAGGAAGAAGAAGAGGAAGAAGAAGAAGAAGAAGAAGAAGAAGAGCAAUGUCGACCAUAGAGAAUGUGUUGAUUCAGAUCUUCGAGAGGAAGAAUCGAAUAAUCGAUAACGUAAAGCAGCAAAUCCUUCUGUUCGAUCACCAACUGGCUUCCAAGUGUCUCAUCGAUGGCUUCGUUCCUCCGCCUUGGCUCCUCUCCUCUUCUUCCUUCGAGUUGAAUACGGAUGAUCUUAUCUCAGGACUCCUACUUCCACAUUCACAACAAUCCAUUCCUUACUGUUCUCUGUAUCAACAGCCAGUUGUUACAACCGAUAACGUACAAUUACCCCAUGUUUUAUGCUCUGGAGUUGGAGUUGAUGCUUCGAAUGAAGGCUUAGAUAAGUUCCUUUCUGGUAAAACUGAUCAGCUGGAUCCUAGUGUUACAUCUCCUCAAGAUUGUAGAGAUGGGAUGGUCUCAGAUAUUUGUCCUGACCCUUGUUUAUCACUAACAAGAAUCCAGAGAUCUAAGUCUAGACAACGGGCUUUAGAGCAUCGAAACAGUGCAAAAGUGUGCAAAAACGUUGAGAGCUUUGACAAGAAUGAUGAUGCUUGCAAUAGUCAAAACAAAGUGUCCAAGAUUGCAUCUUUAAUGUCUGGUCCUGUGGAUAAGUUGGAAUUGAUCAGAUCUGGUGAUAAUGUUGUGAGUUAUGAGGUGGAAAAGGAAGAAAGAGGGCAAUGUCGGAGCAAGGAAAGAAGUGAAUAUUUUUACUCCGGCAGAGUCACAAGAUCAAGUUCUGUCCAACCUUCCAAGUCCAUGGGUGGGCCUUCAGGUGCAGGUAACACUUCUUGUGUUGCUGAGCAGUAUGAGGUGGCACCUAUGGAAUCCAUCUGCAAAUCAGGACAACAUCAUGUUUCUCAUGAGUUUUUGGAACCAAAAGUUGCUGAACCUGUUGAUAACACUGAAAGUUGUCUAGUCAAAAAUGAAGCAAGAGGUCCAUGCUGGAGCCAGGAAAGGGGUGAAGAUAUUUGCUCCGGUGGUAUCACAAGGUCAAGAAGUUCCGUUCACCCUCCAAUGUCUGUGAAUUGUCCUCCAAGUGCAGGUAAGAACUUUUGUGUUGCAAAGCAGGAUGGUAUUUUGUUUACAGAAUCUAUUAACAAAUCAAGACAACAGCCUGAUGCUGCUGAUGAGUUAUUGCAAUUUGUCAAACCAGUUGAGAAUGUUGUUACUUUUGUAGUGGCGAAGCAAGAAAGAGAUCAAUACCCGAGCAAGGAAAGGGGUGGAAGUAUUUAUUCUGGUAGGGUCACAAGAUCUAGAAGUUCUGUCCGGUCUCCAAAUUCUGUAGAUGGGCUUUUGUGUGUAGGCAAACCUUCUGAAGGUGCAACAUGUGACGAAAAUAUGCUUAUAGAAUGCAUCAGCAGAUCAAAGGCACAGCCUGAUGUUGUUGAUAAGUCGUUGGCAUUGGUAAGGCCUACUGUUAUUUCCAAUGAAACAUGUGGUUCUAGGAAAGCAAGAGACCACCGAAGCAAGGAAAGGGGCAACAAUGUUUAUCAAGGUAGAUUAACAAGAUCCAGAAGUUCUAGCCAAUACCAAACAAUGGAGAAUGAUGUUGUAGAUCAAUAUAAUGAUGGUAGUACCGGGUCAAGACCUAAUCAUAGUGUAAAGUUGUUUAAACUCGAUUCCUCUAAUACUCUGGAGAAUAAAGUUAGACAAUCCAAAUCAACAUCUUCCAACCAGUUCCUAUAUGCAAAGUCAUCAGAGAGGUCUGAAGGGGUUGAACUUAGUUCUGGUACUCAAGUAGAUUCUUUGCCUUGUAUUGAUGGUAGUGGUCUUGCUGAAUUGAAUCAAUGUGAUGCAUUUGUUGCUGAAACUGAUGCAAAUUCUGGUGAGUUAGUUGAGGCUUCAGCUAGUUCUGCCUCUAACUUGGAUGGUGGUAACAAUCCUUCUCUUAUAAAGUCAUUGAAUAGGUAUGAAGGAGUUGAGUUGGAAGUCAUAGGAAAAAGUCAGCAGUCUUCAUCUGCUAUUAAGGUGUUGCCCAAGCAACUUGAUUUUAUUGAUUUGGGAGACUGCACUGUGAAGGAAGCUUCUAGUCUUUUAUUGAAGAGUGAAAACAUGAUCAACUCGUUGGAUAAAAGUUCUCUUACACCAUUUCCUUGUGCAGAUAAUCUGGAUGAAGUAACUUCUGUUCACUACCAAGAAACAUACAACUCAUCCCAUGAACGGCAGUUGCCAGAGAAGCAAGAGGAUUUUAGCAAAGAAGAGAAACCGUCUGAAACAGCUUUUAGCAAGACAUCUGGUGGUAGAAUUUCCAAUUUAAAUGUUUUGUCCUCAGUAAAAGGCACACCUGAGGUUUGUAGUGAUGUUGUAACAAGUACUGUACCUGAAAGCAUUGAAAUCUCUGAACAGAAAACUUUCAUGGAAGAUCUUCCAACUACCUCUAAAGUUUGUUAUGAAGCUUUGCAUAAAAACUUACUACAGGAUGGGGCAGGAUCUAACAUAGAUGUUGAGUCAGGGAUGGAUUAUCUCUUUGAGAAGGAUAAUGGGAAGGUUGAAGAAGCAAAAUCUGUAAUCAUGGUCCGAGAAACUAGUCAUCUUAAUUUUAAUACUGAUUUAUGCGGUGGUCCUCCUAUUUGUAGCCCUCCCCUGCUAAGGGUAGGAGAUGCAAGUACCAUUGAUGCAUUUGGACAUCCUUGUGCUGCAUUGUUUGAAGAAACAACAGGUCAGUCUCUGAAAGAGAAAAUGGAGUCCAGUCCUCAAAAUCAAGAUGAAGUCGCAAUGGGAAGAUGUAUUGCUGGUGACACAGGUUCAGUUCUAGAUCAAAAACAUGCAAAAUCAAGUGACAAGGUUGCAGUUCAGUCCAUACGACUAGGUAAGCAUUCUAGAUCCCACGUGGAGGGAUCAUGGUCUCAUAAACGGAGGAAGGUUGAUGGUCAACAAAGUAAUUCCCUGUCUUUGUCAUUAAACUUGAAGGAGGAAGAUGCUAUGCAGUUAAACGCUAAGCUCCUAGUUGAUGAAGAACAAAUUGGGGGGAAAUAUAAUCGAAAUGAGAGGGGCAGAAGUGAAAACACCCCUUCCAAUUUUAUCCAUAAACAAUUUGAUGUGGCUUCUGUCUCAAGUUCACCCCUAGCGAACCUUGAAAAUUUUGAUCAAUCAGAGGAUGCACCAGGAACAGUAUAUCCAUCCAGCAUCAUGUUUGAUUCAACAAGGAAAUGCACUGCAGAUGAGAACCAAAUUAUAUUGAAUGUUGGGGAUAACUCUGACUUUGCAAAUAUUGAACAUUUGGCUUGUGAUGAAAGAAGCAAGAAAGAAAGCAAAUGUCAUCUAGGAGAAGAUGGUGAGUUUUCAACUUUUCUCAUUAGUUCUCCUUGUCGACCACCUAGAGGUUUUAUCAGUGCUGAUCAAAGCAGACCAGAACUUGAGGGGUUCAUUAUUCAGACAGAAGAUAAGCAAAUAUGUAAUGGUGGAGAAGGCAUUGGCUUCGAAAAAUUGCACCUUUCAAAUCCUACAAUAGAACGGGCUAGCCUUCUAGAGCAGCUUUGUAAAUCUGCUUGCACCCAUACCCCACUGCCCCAAUUUCCAACCACAUGUAGAAUGCACCAAGCAACUGGUCUUUACCAAUCUGUUCCUAAAGGACUUCUAGAAUGCAUGGAUCUGAGGAGCACUCUUCCUAAAAGCGAUGAUAGAAAAAGUCACCUUAAAGUUAGCAGUAGUUGCUUUGGUGAGGAAGCAAACUGUGCAACUAGUCUUUGCCAAUCUGUUCCUAAUGGACUUCUAGAAUGCAUGGAUCCGAGAAGCACUUUUCCUGAAAACAGUGAUAGUAGUCACCUUAAAAUUAGCAGUAGUUGCUUUGCUGAGGAAACAAACCAUGCACUUCUUGGAGGAUGCUUUUCUGAUUGCUUGCCAUUGUCUAGUUCUCAACUUAUCGGAAAUGUGAAGAAUCCUUAUCUUUCUCCAGUUGGCAAGUUUUGGGAUAGAAUCACAUCAAACUCUGACAGUUCAGAGAAGCGAGGUAGCCUAAAGCUAGAGCUGCCCUGCAUUAAUGAAGAAAAUGAGAACAUGGAAGAGGUGGUUGACGCAAUUCACUUUCAGGAAGGCACUGCAUCGAAACGAUUGACUUGCUCUGCCAAAAGGGUACCACUUGCUGGGAUUAUGGAAUGCCCAAAUGCUCCAUCAGUUUCUGGAGCUGAAAUAUUUCAUGUUAGAGAUAGCCUGGACUCUGUGAACACAGCCUACAGCUUCAUUGGGACUGAGAAUGGUAUCAAGCAAAAGGUUGAAAAACAGAAUGCCACAAAGAGGAGAGAUAUAAAUAAGUCGAAAGAGAACUGCAGUAUAGGACCAGGGAUGACUACUACCAAAAGGGCAAGUGAAUCACUUCGUUAUAAGUUCAGUAAACCAAAAUUAUCUCAGAAAACCAAUCCAAGAAAAGGUGGGCCAAGUUUCUCAGAAAAGGAGUUGAAGCUAAAUAAUAUAGUUUCAAAUGUAACUACAUUUAUUCCACUUGUUCAGCAAAAACAAGCAGCUUCCAUUGCUACUGGGAAGAGGGAUGUUAAAGUGAAGGCUCUGGAGGCCGCUGAAGCUGCAAAGAAACUUGCUGAAAAGAAAGAAAAUGAUCGCAAGAUGAAAAAGGAGGCACUGAAACUUGAACGAGUGAGGUUGGAGCAAGAAAACUUGAGGCAGUUGGAGCUUGAGAAGAAAAAGAAAGAAGAACGAAAGAAAAAAGAGGCUGAUAUGGCUGCUAAGAAACGACAGAGGGAAGAAGAAGAAAGAUUGGAGAAAGAGAGAAAAAGAAAGCGUAUUGAAGAAGCACGGAGGCAGCGAUGUGCUCCUGAAGACAAUUUAUGUUCAAAGAAAGAUGGCAAAGAAAAGAAGUGCCAAGCCCCGGAUGAGAGAGCACAAACAAUAAAGGUUCCUAAUGGUGAAGCAUUGAAGCUUGAGAAAAUGCAAAGAGUAGGCACAAAUGAAGGAAAAAUGUCAGCCACGGAAAUUAGCACAGCUGUUUCUUCAACUACUGAUGCUGUAAAAACAAGCACGGCCAGUGAAGAUUUUCAUGCAAAGGCAAUGAGCACCUUGGAUAGAGCAAAAGCGAGUGAGAAUAAUGAUGCAGAUAUAACCAUUGAACAAUCUUAUGAUAUUUCUCCUUACAAAGGUUCUGAUGAUGAAGAAGAAGAUGACGAUGAAAAUGAACCUAACAGAAAAUUUGUUCCUCCAUGGGUAAGUAAAAAUCACGUGGCCUGGGCUAUCAUUUCCCAGCAAAAAUUAGAUCCAGAAGCAAUAUUUCCCCCAGAAAGCUUUUGCAGCAUUUCUCAAGUUCUCUUGCCAAGAAAACUCCAGCAGCAUCGUGCAAGUUAAAUUGGAUGGUAAAGUUUUGAAAACCAUAGCAUCUUCUGCCAACUAAGUGACAGCUCUUGCAGAUUGUAAAGAGUGAAUAGCGAGACACCUCGGAAGAGUAAGAAGCAGGUGAUUACUGAUUAGAGCUGAAAGUUUCCAAUUUCAAUGUUAAUGGAUGCUGUCUAAUCUCUCUUACUGUUUAUUGUUUAAUGAUAUAAUAUUAAUAUCAAGUCGAUAACACAGCCAUUGAAGCUGCAGACAAAGUAGAUCAAAAUUACAUUUUGUACUAGUUCUCACUCCCUCAUCCUCAGUUUUGCAGACAAAAAAAAGGGGAGGUGUUGAAAUAACGUAAAACUUGAUUAAGUUGUAAGGAGCUGAACAGUGUCACGUUGGACCAAUUCAACUCAUAUUAAAUUGGGUCUAGAAGAAGUGGGCAUUGUUGGUGGAGAAUUUUUCUAAUUGUGUAACGGCUAUAUGACGUGGGCAGCUUUGAAUUUGGAUUUGGCCAUUCAGGGCUAGUGGGGUGAAGGUUUGGAUUUGAUUGAAACUCAUUGACAUGAAAUGGGUGGCUUGCUUUUGUCAAUAUUAUUGAUUUGAUUUCUCCGAAUUCACAUUGUUUUCUUCAGAGUUAGAUCCCAAAUCCCUAAUUUGAUAUUUUCUUUAAUGGACAAUUAAAUCUUUAGUUAAAUUAGGUA